AUGUUCCUGCAGUGCUACAGCGACGAGCGCGGCGAGCGCGUCUACACCCUGAAGAAAGUGUCCCCAGCGGGGCAGCCCACCCGCUCGGCCCACCCGGCCCGCUUCUCCCCUGACGACAAGUUCUCCCGGCACCGCCUGGCCCUGAAGCGGCGGUUCGGCGUCCUGCCCACCCAGCGGGCACGGCCGCUCCUCUGAGGGAGGAGCCCCGGUGCCGGCCCCGGUCGCGGAAUAAACGGAUGACA